GCGCGAUGUGACAUAACAACGAGAAUGGCUUCGCAGCCGCCUGAACACGUAGCAGAAGAGCUGCUGCAACGCGCCCACCCAGAGAAUGCCGAGACGAUAUUCCGCGAAAGAGUCAAACAGCGACCGCUUCUGCUUCGACCGUCCUCACCAGACCCGACUCUCAACGCGCGCGCAAAGCGCCAACACGAACGACUGCAAAAGGCGAAGGCAAAGCGCUCCAAUAAACCAAAGCCAUUAUCUGCAAAAGCAAAGCGGGCGCUAUGCAUUUAUGACAUACCAAAAUCGCAACAAAAAUAUGCCAUCUACGAACCUCUUCACAGCAUGUGGUGCGAGUACAUGCGCGACAUUCUUGGCCUAAAAAAUGGCCGCGCAUAUGUCGACGCCAAAGGUGGCGGACCUAUUCUAGCCUCAGCAGACUAUCACGGCGCUUUGAUCGAGGUCGUGAGAAGCAGAUGCGUUAGCAGAGUUGGACUGCAAGGAAUUGUGGUCAAGGACACCAAGUUUACGUUUGAAGUCAUCACCAAGCGCAACGAGUUGAAGACAGUGCCCAAAGAGCAUACCAUAUUCAAGUUCCAGGUGCCGCUAGAAGAAGGUGAUGUAUCUGGAAAGCAGCCACUUGUGUUUGAGAUUCAUGGCGACCAGUUCAGAAGUCGAGCACCUGACCGCGCUGCGAAAAAGUUCAAGCCGCAUAUCAACCCGGAUCUGUGAUGCGACUAAUGAAAUAUCUCGACUACAUAAUGGUCGAGAUAGUCCAAGAUCGGCGCUUUUGCUCUUUUCCAAAUGCUUGGCAAGAAAGCGUUUCAUCGCACUGAAAUACAACUGGAUAGGUCCAGUUCCUUUCGGUGAUUGACGAACCUAUUAGGUGUCUUGGUUUCAAUCACUUCUCAUACCGCAAUGCUGUCUAGGUGGUGGGAGCAUUGCUGUGGGGCAGAUUUGUGCUAUACCCAGUCUGCUAUUGGAUCUUCGAGCCUGCAAGAGCAUGCAAGCAGAAGGUAAAGGAGAAUGCAAUGGAGAAGGAAACGGAAGAGGAUAAGGAGAUCGAAGAGCCGCAGGGAAAAGUGGGCGAGGAAGACGGGGAGAUGGCAGAAAACACGGCAGGAGAGUGAAGCGCAUAAGGACUUGAAGCGGAUCUGCGCUCGAUAAUGCUCGUUCCUUCCUUCAAGGUCCGAUAGAUCCUCUGAAACCUGCCUCCAAUCACAAAUGUUACAUAAGAGAGGUGUAAGCUGUGAAAAUGCUGAGUAAGGUAAACAAUCUUGGAAGAGACUUUACUCGUCAAAAUGCCGAAUCCUUGCUAACUGAGGACAUUC